AUGGAUGCGCAGAGCCGCAAGCGGCAAGACGGCGACGUCUCCCCGUCCGAUGACCGCCAGCCGUCGAAGCGCUUCCAGGUCCCGCGGGCCUGUCAGCGCUGCAAGUCGCUCCGCCGGGGCUGCGACGAGCACCGUCCGUGCCAGAGAUGUCUGCGCGCCGGCCUCGGGAAUGAGUGCGUCGGGGGCUCUUCCUGGCCGGCGGCGACGCCGAUGCCUGCUCCGGGUCACGAUGCCGCCGCUGCGUGGGCGAGAGUCGUUGCGGAAGCUCAGGGGCCGAUCGUUGAAGAAUGCGCGCGGCUCUUCUUUGAGCUCUGCCACCCGACUAUUCCCAUCCUCACGCUCGACUACGUGGCCCGUCUUCGAGACGCCGCCAUGAAUCCGCACACGGGCAUCGAGGCCUGCACGCUGCUCGUCGCCAUGUGCGCCCAUGUCCUGCUUCACGUCGAGGUCCCGGCGAGCAGAGGCCCUGGCAGCGCGAUCCCGGAUGACUACGAGGUCUAUGGAAAGACCCUGCUAGACACAGCGUCCACGACGUAUCAAACCAUCCACUGGCCACCCACCCCUACGCUAGACAGCUGCCUCCUCGCCUUCUUCAUCUACGCUGGCCAGAACAGACUCGCCCGGCACAGUAAAACCUUUCUCUGCCUGCGGCAGGCGACGACGCUCUGGGCCCUCGUCAAGGAUCAUAAACCAGCAUCCCCUACCGCCGAAACGCUGCUCAACCGGCUCUUUUGGGUCCUCCUCGUGUCGGAGCGCUCUCAUGCCAUCCGAUACGGCCGGUCUAUCGCGCUCCACGUCACGCCCGAUGUGCCGGAAAUCGAUGCCACCGACCCGUCGCUGCACGGUCUCCGGAGUCUGGCCGCCUUGUUCCGGCCGAUCGAUUCGGCGUUCAUGGCGAUCAAGAACGAGGAACAGUUACUGCUUCCUUGGUCACCCGAGGUCUUGGACCGCGCUGAGCGGGCCAUCAACUCGGCCAUUCCGACUUCGGCCAUUUUGCAGGACACACAAAAGGCAAACUUGAGGAUAACAAAGCUCUGGCUGCGGAUCAUUAUUUGGCAACUACGGCUACGGCUGGGCCUCCUGACGGAAACUUCACACCACCGCAAUCUCACUUACCGAUAUCCCGUCGACGUCGCCAAGGAGCUGACGCUAUCCACCCGCGACCUCCCCAUCCACACCAUCCACGUGCAUGGCAUCGGGUUGACCGAGAAGCUUUUCGACGUCGCCUCGGCCGUGGUGGAUGUCAUGGCGCAAAUCCCGCACACUUCCCCCAGCGCCAGGGGCAUGUCCGUUGAGGGACCCCCAGAGGAAGACCUGGCGUACUUGCGCGCCUUGAUACUUCAACUCCCUGGAGGGCUCAGCGUCUACAACGAAUUGCUCGAGAAGCAUAUUCAGCAGGCGCUACCUGCCAUGGCGUCUCCUGGCUCGCACACCUCGCCGGGUACUGUGAGCCUCAUCUCACAUCAGAGUCCGACAUGA